CCCCGAGAUCAACGCCGGCGCGCCAUGAGCUCGCUCAAAUUCGUGGUGUCCUCGCUGGACAUCAUCGCCGCGCAGGCCGGCCGCAACAAGCAGCUGGCCGAGCUGGCCGAGAAAGCCCUCGCCGCGAUCAAGGAGAACGACCAGCAGCUGCCCGACCCGGAGGUCGUCUUCGCCCCGCUGCAGCUGGCCACCAAGUCCGGCACCAUCCCGCUCACCACCACCGCCCUCGACUGCAUCGGCAAGCUCAUCUCGUACUCGUACUUCUCCGCGCCCUCGUCGUCCGCAACCCAAGAUGGCACCGAGCAAACGCCCCUCAUCGAGCGGGCCAUCGACACGAUAUGCGACUGCUUUCAGGGGGAGACGACGCUAGUCGAGAUCCAGCUGCAGAUCGUCAAGUCGCUUCUCGCCGCCGUCCUCAACGACAAGAUCAUUGUCCAUGGCGCGGGGCUGUUGAAGGCGGUGCGCCAGGUGUACAACAUCUUCCUUCUGUCCCGGAGCACGGCGAAUCAACAAGUGGCUCAGGGCACCCUCACGCAGAUGGUCGGUACUGUGUUCGAGAGGGUGAAGACGCGAUUGCACAUGAAGGAGGCACGGGCGAACUUGGGCAGGUUAAAGGCAAGCAGGAGCAGCCUGGCGGUGGAUCGCUCCGAUGAUCAGGAUUCUCAGGCUGGCAAAGUCGACGGCGAAGACGCCACGGUCGAGACCGUCUCAGAUGCCACUCCUUCCGAGUCCGUUGACAAGGCAGGUGGCGGCAAGCUUACGCUGAAAGAUCUAGAGCACCGGAAGAGUUUUGACGACUCUCACAUGGGCGAUGGGCCCACGAUGGUGAGCCAGGUGAAACCCAUGAAGAAGGCCUCGAGGUCGAACGAGAUCGAAGUCUUUUUGAACGAGAUCUACCUCGCCCUUCUGGCCCGAAGAAACGCCCCCCUGUCACAGAAGCUCACGUUUGUGGGAAUCCUCAAGAGGUUAUGCGAGGAUCCACGCGCCCUGGUCGAGCUAUACCUCAACUAUGAUUGCAAUCAGAACGUCGACAACAUUUUCCAGACGAUAGUGGAAGAUCUGUCCAGGUUUGCGACGGCCUCAGUACCUAUCACCCCGACCCAGGAGCAGCAGUAUGAAGAGAGCCGCUCCAAAUCCGCGACUGCCGGCGAGUGGCAGAUCAAAAGCGUCUUGCCACCGCCGCUUUCGGUUGCGCUGAUUGCCACAAACCACGAAGCAGACACCGAGUUACCCAAGGAGUACGUCAUGAAACGGACGGCUCUUGACUCCCUGGUGGAGACGUUGAGAUCGCUAGUCCACUGGUCGCAACCGGGGCGACCGGAGCUCAACGGUGCCUCCGGUGAUGUGCAGAGGAGGACGUCGAGCGACGAUCUCGGCGACUCGAUUGACCCGUCGAUGAGCGAGACGGCAUCGCGGAUGGAGGUGCCGAUAGCACCGGCCACCCCGGUCAUCGACGACGACCCCGAUCAGCUGGAAAAGGAAAAGGCGAGAAAGACGGCCAUGACGAACGCGAUCAAAGUCUUCAACUUCAAGCCGAAGCACGGCAUCAAGCUCCUCAUCAAGGAAGGCUUUAUCCCGAGCGACAAGCCUGAAGACAUCGCUCGGUUCCUCUUGCGCGAAGAACGGCUGGACAAGGCGCAGAUCGGCGAGUAUCUCGGCGAGGGCGACCAAAAGAACGUUGACAUCAUGCACGCCUUCGUCGACAUGAUGGACUUCAGCAAGAAGCGCUUCGUCGAUGCCCUUCGGGAGUUUCUCCAGGCUUUCCGUCUGCCGGGCGAGGCCCAAAAAAUCGAUCGCUUCAUGCUCAAGUUUGCCCAUCGCUAUGUGACCGGCAACCCCAAUGCGUUCGCCAACGCCGACACGCCCUACGUGCUGGCCUAUUCGGUCAUCAUGCUGAAUACAGAUCUGCACAGCAGCAAGGUCGUGAAGCGAAUGUCCAAGGCUGAGUUCAUCAAGAACAACCGUGGCAUCAACGACAACGCCGAUCUCCCAGACGAAUACCUCAUCGGCAUCUAUGACGAUAUUGCGAGCAACGAGAUCGUGCUGAAGAGCGAACGGGAGGCAGCCGCAGCCGCGGGCACGCUCCCUGCGCAGUCAACAGGCCUUGCGGGGCUCGGGCAGGCCUUCUCCAACGUUGGUCGCGACCUGCAAAGAGAGGCGUACGUCCAGCAGUCAGAGGAGAUUUCGCUGCGGUCGGAGCAACUGUUCCGGGACCUGUACCGCAGCCAACGCAAGAGCGCCACAAAAGGGGGUGUCAAGUUCAUCUCGGCCACCUCGUUCAAGCACGUCGGCCCCAUGUUUGACGCAACCUGGAUGUCCUUCUUCUCGACGCUGUCCAGCCUGGUCCAAAAGACGCAUAACCUCGACGUCAACAAGCUCUGCCUGGAGGGUAUGAAGCUGGCAACCAAGAUUGCCUGCUUGUUUGACCUCUCCACCCCGCGCGAAGCCUUCAUCUCCAUGCUGAAGAACACGGCGAACCUCAACAACCCCCGCGAGAUGCAGGCCAAGAACGUGGAGGCAUUGAAGGUGCUUCUGGACCUCGCUCAAACGGAAGGCAACUACCUGAAGGAGUCGUGGAAGGACGUGCUUCUCUGCAUCAGCCAGCUAGAUCGGCUCCAACUGAUAUCGGGAGGCGUCGACGAAAGCGCUGUUCCAGAUGUGUCGAGAGCUCGGUUUGUGCCACCACCGCGGACCGAAACGGGCGAAUCACGCAAGUCGACUUCUUCAGCCAGGAGGACCAGACCCCGGGCCCACACGGGGCCGCAAGGCGUCUCCCUCGAAAUUGCCCUGGAAAGCAGGUCUGACGAGGUCAUCAAGAGCGUCGACAGGAUAUUCACCAAUACCGCCAACCUGUCGAGGGACGCCAUCAUCCACUUUGCCCGCGCCUUGACGGAGGUCAGCUGGGACGAGAUCAAGGUGUCGGGCUCGAACGACUCCCCCCGCACAUACAGCCUCCAGAAGAUCGUGGAGAUCAGCUACUACAAUAUGACGCGUGUCCGAUUCGAAUGGAGCCACAUCUGGGAUGUGCUCGGGGAGCACUUCAACCGAGUGGGCUGCCACGCCAACACGGCCAUCGUCUUCUUUGCCCUGGAUUCGCUACGCCAGCUCUCCAUGCGGUUCAUGGAGAUCGAGGAGCUGGCGGGGUUCAAGUUCCAGAAGGACUUCCUCAAGCCCUUUGAGCAUGUCAUGUCCAACUCAAGCAACGUGACCGUCAAAGACAUGGUCCUUCGCUGCCUCAUCCAAAUGAUCCAGGCACGAGGAGAGAACAUCCGGUCCGGCUGGCGGACCAUGUUUGGCGUCUUCACGGUCGCGGCGAGGGAACCCUACGAGAGCAUUGUCAACCUGGCCUAUGAGAACGUCACGCAGGUCUACAAGACCCGGUUCGGCGUCGUCAUCUCCCAGGGCGCCUUCACCGACCUCAUCGUCUGCCUCACCGAGUUCUCCAAGAACAUGAGGUUCCAGAAGAAGAGCCUGCAGGCCAUGGAGACACUGAAGUCCGUCAUACCGACCAUGCUGAAGACUCCCGAAUGCCCGCUCUCGCAGCACAAGCCGACGGCGACAACUGCCAGUGGGUCGGAAUCGCACUCCAAGAAGGCGGCGGUACAACAGACCCGCACGUCCGUGGAGGAAGGCUUCUGGUUCCCGGUCCUCUUCGCCUUCCACGACGUGCUCAUGACGGGCGAGGAUCUCGAGGUGCGGUCGAAUGCGCUGAACUACUUUUUCGAGACGCUCCUGCGGUACGGCGGCGAUUUCCCCCCGGAGUUCUGGGACAUCCUCUGGCGGCAGCAGCUGUACCCCAUCUUCAUGGUCCUUCGCUCGCGGCCCGAAAUGACCAACGCGCUCAACCACGAGGAGCUCUCCGUCUGGCUGUCCACCACCAUGAUCCAAGCGCUGCGCAACAUGAUCACCCUCUUCACCCACUACUUCGACGCUCUCGAGUACAUGCUGGACAGGUUUCUCGAGCUCCUCGCGCUCUGCAUCUGCCAGGAGAACGACACGAUUGCCCGGAUAGGGAGCAACUGCCUGCAGCAGCUGAUCCUCCAGAACGUGACGAAGUUCACUGCCGAGCACUGGGCGAAGAUCGUCGGCGCGUUCUGCGAGUUGUUCGAGAGGACGACGGCCUAUCAGCUGUUCUCGGCCACGACCAUCAACUCGACCGCAUCGCUCUCGCCUCCGCCUAGCGGACUCGAACUCGGCGGCCCCCUCAGCCCGACCUCGGCGACGGCGCCCGUGGACGGGAAGUCACUGAAGAUCAACGGCGUCGAGACCAACGGACAGACGCCCGGGGCCGAGCCGGCCAACGGCGACGCAGACGGCAACGGCACGGCGGCGGCCGCCGCUGACGCUUCCGCGCCUGCAGCCACGCCGCAACCGCAGCAGGGCCCGGCGCAGCAGUUGGAGGAGUUCAAGCCCAACAACCCGCUCCAGCAACAGCCGGUCGUGGUCACGGCGGCCCGCCGGCGGUUCUUCAACCGCAUCAUCUCGCGCUGCGUGCUACAGCUGCUCAUGAUCGAGACGGUCAACGAGCUCUUCAGUAACGACGCCGUGUACGCGCAGAUCCCGUCGGCCGAGCUGCUGCGGCUCAUGGCGCUCCUCAAGAAAUCCUUCCUCUUCGCCAAGCGCUUCAACGCCGACAAGGACCUGCGCAUGCGCCUCUGGCGCGAGGGGUUCAUGAAGCAGCCGCCGAACCUGCUCAAGCAGGAGUCGGGCAGCGCGGCGACGUACGUGGCCAUCCUGUUCCGCAUGUUCGGCGACACGGCGCCGGACCGCCGCGGCAGCCGCGCCGACGUCGAGGCCGCCCUCGUGCCCCUGUGCCGCGACAUCAUCCGCGGCUACACCGCGCUCGACGACGAGAGCCAGCACCGCAACAUCGUCGCCUGGCGGCCCGUCGUCGUCGACGUCCUCGAGGGCUACGCCGCCUUCCCCCGCGACGCCUUCGCCGCCCACAUCCGCAGCUUCUACCCCCUCGUCGUCGAGCUGCUCGGCAAGGACCUCGGGCAGGACCUGCGCGCCGCGCUGUUGCUCGUGCUGAGAAGGGUCGGGGAGGUGGGGCUGGGGAUUGAGGGGAUGGGCAGCGGCGGCGCUGCUGCUGCUGCUGCUGCCGGUGCCGCUGCUGCCAGUAGUGGGCAAGGGAAUGGGAAUGGGGCGGCGGCCGCGGCGGCGGACAGCGAGAGGAGGAGCAGCGUGCUGUCUGUGCCAUCGGGUCCACGCCACACGCCGAGCAUGGACAGCCUGAACGAUGAUCCCUCAAGGCAGGUCAUGGGCAAGGCCUGA